AUGGCAGGGCGCCGGUGCUGUGGCCGUACUUUCCCCUCCGCUGCACCUCAGCACACUUCUGCUUCUGCAGAAACCAGCUGCAUUUUCCCUUUGUAGCGGGGCAGAGCGCGCGGGGCCAUCGGGGGCAUGGCCCAGAGCGUGAUCUAUGCCGACCUCAAGUUCGCCGCGGGCCCCCCACCCACCGUCCCCGACGACGAUGACAGUCCCUACGAGAACGUGCCGCUGGGGCCGGUGACAGCAGCGCCCAGCCCAGGGCGCUGGACCCGGCGAUGGCGCGACCCCACAGCGCUGCUGGCAGCCAGCCUGCUCCUGCUGCUGCUGCUGCUGGUGGCCGUCGUAGCCCUGGGCGCUUGCUACUGGCAGGUUUCCCGCAGCCUGCAGGACACCUCCCGUGAGCACAGGACCGAGCUUGGCCGCCUGUCACAGGCACUGAGGGCACGGGAGCAGGACCUGGAGCAGACACAGCUGGAGCUGGCAUGGGCCAGAGAAGAGCUGCAGCGAGUAUGGCAUGAGUACAACAUCACCCAGCUGGAGCUGGAAAGAAGGAAUGCUGAGCUGGGCCAUACCCAGCAGGAGCUGGCUGUGUUGCAGGAGGAGAUGCAGGUGGUGCAGGGGAGGCUCAACGCCAGCAAGAGCACUGUGAGCAGCCUGCGUGCCUGCGUGAACACAGAUUGCUGCCCCACAGGCUGGGUACUCUACAAGAGCAGGUGUCUCUACAUCUCAGUGGCAAACAAGACCUGGAAGCAGAGCCUGAAAGACUGCACAGAUCAAUCUGCUCAACUGCUGGUCCAAGACAUGUGGCCACCGUCGAUGGUGCCGCAUUUUGUGCACGAGUCUAAGGCAAAGUACUGGAUUGGACCAAGACUUUUUCACGGGACCAGGAGAUCUUUUGGAAGGACAGACAGCAAAUACCACUUACACCAUAAUUCAGAGUGCUGGUCAGUAUUUAAUGGGGAAAUGUGGAAUUUUUCUUGUGACCAAACCUUCCAGUGGAUCUGUGAGAAAUCCCCAGAGCUGAACAGUGCAUCUGAGACCCGACCUGCUUUUCUGGAAGAGGACUGACUGCUGCCACACCCCUCCAUCACUGGACUCAGAAGCAGGACCUGUCCUGAGACACGAGAUACUGUCACAUGAGCACACUUUGUGUCAAUUGUGUUGCAAAACUGCUGGGUAAAAGUGUCUCUAUUUUAAAGCAAGGAUUUUGGAAAAUAGACCUUAUUCCUCUCUCCCACACUCAUGCAUACACAUAUUAUACUGCUUUGUACUGUGCCACUGCAUGUCCCUGUGUGCCCCGGCCAGUGCAGCUCUGACCUAGGUCUCCAGUGCAGAGCCCAGCUCCCACCUUCUUUGUUACCCCAAGGCUGCCAGGGCUGCAGGAUCUGCCAUCUGCAUCGUUUUAGAGUUGGGGGAAUGACACAAUGAUGUCCUCAACCUGUCCAUUUUUGGGAGACUUUUGGAUUUACAGCCUAUGCCUUCUCUUAGCAUUGGCAGCUCUCAUCCUGCCCUUUCUUCUGCCUUCAUCACCUUCCCAGGGCUUUGGGCUGGGUCCUGCCUGAAAAGGUGCUGACAGUGGUGCCAUCAGCAUGAGAAAAUGCUGGGAAGCCUUGAGACCAUAUCAGAAGUGGGGGAGUGCUGGGGAGCUUUGAGAACAUGGUUGACAAAUGAGGAAACUCUGAAACCAUGGGAGGAAAACGAGGGCAAUGAAGAGGCCUAAGACCAUGGGAGGUGAAUGUGGGAAUCCUGAGACCAUGGAAAGAAAGAAGGUGCAAUGGAACUGCAAAUGAGGGUGGUCCUGAAAAAUGGAGGUGCACUGAUAAGACAGUGGGAGAGAGGAAGGAGCACUGGGGAGACUUGGGAACAUGGGGAAAAGGGGAGACCCCUUUCCCAAGAGGGAAAGAUCCCUAAGAAUGUGGUAGGACCUUAUCUGCCAAAGGAAGGUGAUGAGAGACCCCUGUCUAGGACCCAGAUGGGGUGUGGGGGGGAGUCCAGAAGCAGCUCUGGUCCUCCCUGUUUCACUCAGUGUUUCUGCAGAGGGGGAAUGUGUUUGGAACCAUUCUGCUAAGCUGGACUUGAGACAGCUAGCACAGCUUCACCACAAGUCCUGCCCAACCAACCCAGUGGCCUACAAUGGAGCAAAUGCAUCACAGAACAAGGGAAGGGCCACAGGCCUUCUAUCUGGACUUCUGUAAAGCCUUCAGCACAGUCCCCUCCUAAAUUUGAGACCAAUUGAUUCAAUGGGUGAACUGCUCAGUGGGUAAGGUUGGACACCUGCAUCCAGAAGAUAGUGGUCAAUGGCUCAGCGUCGUGAUGUGGACAUUGGUGAUAAUGUUGACCCUCAGGGACCCACCUUGGAACCAAAGUUAUUUAGUACUUUUGUCAAAGUGAGCGGUGGGAUCAAUUGCACCCUCAGCAAGUUUGAAGAUGACACAAAGCUGAGGUGUGAGGACACACCUGAAGGACAGGAUGCCAUCCAGAGGGGCCU